CAGUCUGAAAGCCAAGACAAGAAAAGACUGAAUACCCCGGUGACACCCCAGUCUAGGCACACAGAAGAGGCAGGACAACGCCAAACCCUCUGAUUUCCCACGAUUUUCCCAUUGUGUUGGAAGUAUCUGCAGGGGGUGGGCUGUUACCCCUCAGCUCAACCCUACCUGAUCUAACUGGAUCACAUAAACGAGGCUAAGGCGAGGCUAAGCCCGUUCCCAAGUGCAUGCGUGUGCGUAAGCACAGUGAGCGGUAGUUAGAGAACAUCAGCAGAGAUGUCUAUGCUGGCACAUGGGCUGGGACCUCCCAAACACAUACAUGUCACUGAGCGGGUCGUGGUGACCUGCAGAUGAAAGUCCCCAGGGUAUCCUGUGACCCAUCCCACUGAGCCACCUACUCCUGCUGCCCAGCUACCUCCUUUGGGUCCCCACACAUCAUUUCCUGUGCGGCUUCACCAGAUGCAGAUACGUUGAGCAGUGCUGCAGACAGCUAGGACCAGAAAGGCGAGCAGUGGGAUAUGCUGCCUUAUGUCCCUGACAGAUGGCAAACGUUAUCCUUUAACACUGCCGCUAGUCACAGAGCCCAGCCCUGCUGUUUCGACACUGACUCAGCCGUUAAGAUACCUCACAUCUCCAAGGUGACUCUGUGCUUGAGACUGAGGAUGUAUCGUGUAAAUUUGCUUGCAUUCAAAGACACUCACUUUUUCCUGUUGUUUGAGUCCCUAGGAAGUUUCUGUAAGCAGGGUUCGCUAAUGCUCUUGCUGCCGUACAAUCAAACGGCGUCACCUCUGAGGUUCCAGCGUGCGGCUCCAUGGGCUAUGGGUUGUGCUAGUGUAAACCAGGAGCUCCCCGUGGGACACGACAGGGUGACACCAGUAAAGAAGAGCUGGGGCAAGCCUGGGUGAGGUUUGAGGAAUGCUGUUCCUUAAGGAAGGUCCCACAUGCGGUCCAUCAGCACAGGCUGUGGCUGGACAUUACAUUUAAUCCUGUCUAAUCGCAGGCUGCUGCAGUCUCUCUUCCCACACUUCCUCUCACCCCUGCCUGUCUAUGCCCUCAAACAGGGAAUCUGUUCAGUGAAUUGAUCCAGCAGGAAAGGUACCCACUGGAGGUGGGGAAAAAAAUGGAAAUGAUUUCUUGCUUUGGAUCAAUUAGCUUGACAGACGGGCAGCCAUAAAUUCCCUAGAUACGGGGGAAGACCUGGAGGACUGUCACUUUCAAAGCCAGCCUGAAGCUGCGUUGGAUUAAAGGCAGUGUCAAAACCCAUCUUUCACCAGAUGUGCACUGGGGCUGUGGAUGCCUGUAUUUUUCCACUGCCGACCUGACCGUAAAUGUCUGCAUAAUGGGGAUACAUUAUAGUACCAGCUGCAGUUCUAUUUAGAAGGGAGUAAUGAAUAUUUUGUUCCAACAGGCUUUUGAAAUGAAUGAGGACCAUCUGGUUAAAAGUUUUGCUCUCAGCUACGUCAUGAUUCCCCAAAGUUAUAAUCAAGCACCUCUCUGCCCUGAUCUUGCCAAGCAGGGUUUAUUUUUAGGUCUGGCUGUUGAACAGGCUCACAAUUUUCAAAGGCUUCUAGAAUCCCACUUUCUUUAUUAACAGGCGCCUUGGAAGCGAGGACUCGCUUUUGCCUGGAAUCAGUAAAACUUCUUGCCGGUGCUAACAAAGCUGAGGCAGAUACUAAUGAGGAUUUGAGGGCAGAGGCUGCCUCAGACAACACUGAUCCUUGAAAACUACAGAGCUGGCUGGAGAAACAAUUGUGCUGCUCUUAAAAAUAAGCUGUCACUUCUCUCUUAUUAGGUAUACGUCCCCGGAGAGUCAUUUUAAAGCUCCAAAGUGCCGUUUACUCUGGCAUUGGAUACUCUCUGGUACUUUGGGGAGCAAUUUUUAUUUUUUGCUGUCAAGCUGUUUGACUGCAUUGAUUUUUUUGUAUUACAGCAGCAACAGGUCACAGACGAGACUAGGAUCUUUUUUCCCAGGCGCCUACACACAACACUUGCAUAAUCUUACCUUGCUCAGAGGGAGCUAUGGGGAUUUAAACGCAGUGAGAACUUGGCCUGCUGCAUGGUAUGUUUUAAAGCUGCAAACCAACCCCUAAGCCGUGGGAUGGGUACUAACAUAACUGGAGCAUGUGCUGAAAAUCAGCAGGGAACCAGUUCACCCCAAUAUAUACCCAGUCUCUGUAUCUAUCUGUGUCCGUUUUAUUAGGACAGGUGAAUUAAGUCUGUGUAUACAGAUACCAGGAGCAAAAGGUUCCCAGUGAAUUCCAGUGUAAGCUCUGAGUGCACUGGAAAUAAAUCACCCCAGCAGGCAGAAGGGGUCCUUCCAGUAGGAGAAGUGAAUAGUGUCUCUAUUUUCUGCCCUCUGCAGCAUGGACAAGGACAGCCAAGAUGUUCACCAGGUGCUGAAUGAGCUCAAGAACAAGUUCCAGGAGAUGAGGAAGCUGAUCAGCUCCAUGCCCGGCAUUGGUGUGAGCCCAGAACAGCAGCAGCAGCAGCUGCAAAACCUCCGGGAGCAGGUCCGGACCAAAAAUGAACUACUGCAGAAGUACAAGAGCCUUUGCAUGUUUGAGAUCCCCAAGGAGUAGGAAGGGAGAAGCUCUGCUCUCUCGGUCUGAGGUACUUCCUCUCCUGGCUUAACAGGAGAAAAGAAGGUGGCAGAAGUUUACUUUUCUUUGUUUUAUGCUUUUUUGUCACAUUGCUCUGAAGUUGUGUCUGUGUGGAUCACAACCAUGUGACACUGAACCAGGAGAACACUGUGUGCUUCACAGGCGAUGAUUACAGCAGUACAUUCACUUUGAUCUGCUGUAGGACUGUGUGUAUUUAUAUAUGCAUCUCUUUUCUGUUUUCUCUUGGUUUUUUUUCCAUUCAAGCAAGCAAGAGGCAUUAUGUUUCCUCCAUGCAUGUUUCCUCCAGGGGCAAAUUGCCUGCUGGUUACCUUCAACAGGAAAAAGGGGAUGUUUUCUGCAAUUUUUCUGCAUUUUUUUUUACUUCUGAACUGACAAACGUAGCCAAACAUCAAAGCGAGCAAAAGAGGGAAGCAUGAGCUGUUUGGCCCUGCUCCUGGAAAGGGGAGAGCAUUGGGCCUCUGGGGGCACUUGGCAAUCUGUGUGUGUUGAAAGAGGAACGAUUGCUUUCAAUUACUUUUGUAUUUCUCUCUCUCUCUCUCUCUCUUUUUUUUUUUUUUUUUGAAAUAAGUGAUGGUUGCAUCUGAGAUGAGUCAAGUAAAGAUUUAGAAACGCCAAAAUGCCCCUCUUGUCUCUUCACUGACUGGGUGUGGGGUGAGCAAGGGUAGGACUUUGGCAGCACAGAGGAAGUGCGUAGGCUGGGCCCAGCUCCUGUGUCUUUACAUUGCUUUUUUGGAAGCAGGGUGACCUAGGAAAGCUAGGGAGAGACUGCCAGAGGAGUGAAUUUCAGCAGGUCCAGCUUAGUAGACGGUACCGCUGAGCACCCUAUUUUUAAAACAAACAGAGGGAGGAAAAGCAGAAUCAAAGUAAAGGCCAUAAAUGGCAAGAGCUGUUAGAUUUGCCAUAAAUGACCCAAGCUCCACAGGACAGGUCAGUUCCACAUCUUAGCAGCUCCAAGGGCUUUCCACAGAUGAAAACAGUGAGCGUUUGACUGUCAAUGGCUCAUGGAAAACUCUUGACUGUUGCAUUUCAUUCAGAUGGACCCUGGACUCCCUGCCCCUGUCCUCCUCAGCCUUAAGCUGCUACAUUGUCAGAUGACACCCUGGUGAGUAGCUCUGCAUCAUGCUGACUAACAAAGACAUGGUGGGCCUCUGAAUCUCUAGUUUUGAACAUGAGUGUGUGCUGCAUUUGUUGGAUCUCAAAUGUUCCUGGGAAGUACAAUUCUGUGCGUUACACUGAAAGAUUGUGCAGGUCAGCGCAAUGCAAUUUCCCACUGAUGCAGAAAACCACCGUCAUGGUUUACGAUCAUGUUCUUCUUCCAGAUCUCUGACGUGUUCUGGAGAGGUACACACGGCUGUGGGGCAAAGUUAAGCCAGCCAGCGAUAGACUAGACUCAGGUGGGUUUGUAGAGCUUAGGUUGAAAACUGCAGCAAUAGCGGAAGAAGUGAAAAACUAGUUAGUGAAAUACAAUAUCUGUAGAGAACUGGCAUCCAAGGACAGGUAAAACUUGUGCCUUCAAAAGAAGAGAAGCAAAGCCUGCUUAGGUAGAUUUUGCUCUUCUAAGCCAAGAGGCAAGUAAUUCUGCUUGGUGGGGGCUGGAAUAGUUGCAACUCACCUAUUGCCUAGAGAUAACUCUGUCCCCGAUGGAGUACGCUACUAGCAAUUUCUUUGGGAAGGUGCCAAUGAGUAAACUUCUGACUAAGCAAAACAGGACACUAAGAUAUACAAAACACAAUGUACGCUCUUUAUUACUAGAAUUACCUUUCUGCCAGCCGUUGCCUGUCCCAGUUCAAUAAGUUCUUCUGUCAAUUGCUUGGAGGGAGGUUUCCUUUUCUUGCCAACUGCCGUUCCUGUGAAGUCAGGGCAUAUACUGAAGAGCUGGAAGAAAACAAGUGUUUCCAAAGAAAUGUGUCUGGCACUUAGUACAAGAACAAGUUAACUCUGUUGAAUUGAAUUCAAGACUCAAAACCAAACUAAAAUGGUUUUAUUUGCAAUCAUCUCGCUUGCUCAGCCCAGUUUUGUGGCUUCAGUAGAAUUUUUCUCCAUUAGUAUGUAUUAAAUGUAGGUUUAUUCUGCCCGUUGAGAGGGGAAGAGGGGCUGAGAAACCCACAAACAAACUGAAACAGAAACAAGAGGCUACUUCUGAGAAGCCGGAGUCAGUGAAAGCUGUUCUUUGAAGAGUUUUUCCCUUUCCCUUUCCCUUCUAGCAGUGGUAACUGUAAUUUGUUAUACUAGGAGAUUAAAAACCAUCAGAUGCAAAAGUGACCUUUUGAGCAAAGUGCUUCCUUUACUCAUAUUGGCAAAGUGAAAACAAUAUCCUGGACUGAGUGCAAAUGAAUCAGUCUCUGUUGACAUCAUUAAAGUUUGUUUAUUUAGUUGGGAAAAAGCAUGAAACACAAUAAGCUCUUUAUUAUUUAAUGAUGUCAUUUUACUCAGUUUCUGCGGUGAAUGACAUGCCAAUGCCCGGCCUGUCACAGAGCUGACAGGAUUGUAAAUCAGUGUUAUUCAGUGAAGUGAGGAAAGAGUUCUGGCUCAGUGAUCUGCUUGAGUAACAGUUUGUGUGGCCCCUAAUUACCCUGUGUGGCAAGAAUUCAGGGACUUUCAGAGGCAGAGACCUUUGUACAGGGCAAAGGAGAAAGUGGUGUAACCAAAGCAUUGGGUUGAGAGGCCACGUUUAGCACGUCAGAGCUGGGGUCAGUUCUUGGUUUAACGGGCCUUGGUUUUGCUAAGGAGCUGGGUGAGGAAGCAAAGACAAACCCAGGAGUGUCAUUUUAAAAAGACUUUAUUAUUUUGUAGAAAAAAUAAAACAUCAAGUUUCACCCACUGUAGAAACACUUGAAGAUUUUUUGUUCAUGUCCAUGACAAACAAUACCUACAUAAAGUGCCUAUUGUUUUCUCAUUAAAAAACAAAACCCCUUCCCGCUCCCACCCC